AUGAUUGUGAGACAUAUGUCAAUUGAAGAGCCAACAACCAAAUCGGAAAUGUGGUAUGAUUGGUUGGAAUAUCGCAUACGAAGAUUCAUGAUAAUAGAAUGUGUUUUCUUUGUAAUGUUCGUUUUUCUCAUAUCAAAAUCAUUUUCUAUCUCUGAUGAGAUUCAGAGAACUCAUGAAAUGAUGUAUCAAAUGCAAUUAAAAAUUGACAGUAUCGAGAACCGAUUGUCUUCAAGACAUUAUAUGAAGACAGAGAAUACUGAAUCUAUUUCUGGAGAAAGCCAGCAAGAGAUAUCGAGACUUCGAGAAAUGAACGAAAAACUUGAAAACGAAAUGAAGGCUGCAUCGAUCGAAUCAAUCAUGAGCCAUCGUCAAAGCGCCCUCCCAAGUGAUAAUUUAAAUUCUAUCCCUCCAAAUUCCACAACUAGCUCUCGAGAAAUAUUCAAUGCUGCUAGUAUGGUGGCUGGUGCAUCAAUUGUUGAUAAACUGUCAUCACAUACAGUAUCUGCCCAAACUGGAGGGUAUAUUAGAAGUGGAGAAGAGACAUAUGUUCUACUCGAUAGAAAAGAAUUGCCGCUUUAUAAAGCAUGGUGUUCGGAUGAGAGCAAACCGAGGCUUACGAUAAACUUGGCAAAAUAUGUCAAACCUAUUUCUGUUUCUUAUCAACAUACGAAAUGGAAUGGACUGAUUCCAGACGAUGCUCCAAGAAUAUACGAUGUUGUAAAUUGUCUCGAUAAUAAUUGUAAGAAAUGGGAUGUUCUGGUCUCGAAUUGUGAAUACAAAUCAUCUGGAUACAGUAUUUCAAAACAAGAACAAACAUGCUUGAUUCAAUCAAAUCGGAGCAUGAUGCCAGUCAAUACCGUUCAAUUUCGUUUUCGUGAAAAUUAUGGAAAUAAGAAUAGAACAUGUGCAUAUUUAGUUCGUGUCUAUGGAGAAAGAACAGAACCACCGGAAGAUAGAAAAGCAAUCGAAAGAAAAGAGGAGGAACGAGAAUCUACAUGUUCAUGGAUCUCAUGGCAAUAUAACAAUUUUCGGAUUUUGUACAAUGCAAGAAACAAAACAUGUCCAGUUUUAUAUGAGAACAAUUGCUGUAUUGAAUGCCCAGAAUGCUGUAUGGAAUGCACAAUGACCACUAGUUUUUCAGAUUCCAUGCAAGGGUUCCUUUUAUUCAUCAUUGUUCUAGGCACAUUAUCUUUAAUUUUUUCCGGAUAUGUUCAACUUUGUAAACAUUUACAAUGA